GAGUGACUGGGUGACAUCCUACAAAGUCAUGGUGAGCAAUGACAGCCAUACAUGGGUUACUGUGAAGAAUGGAUCUGGUGACAUGAUAUUUGAAGGAAACAGUGAGAAGGAGAUCCCUGUACUAAAUGAGCUGCCGGUCCCCAUGGUAGCCCGCUACAUUCGCAUAAAUCCACAGUCCUGGUUUGAUAAUGGAAGCAUCUGCAUGAGGAUGGAGAUCUUAGGCUGCCCAUUGCCAGAUCCUAAUAGCUAUUAUCACCGACGCAAUGAGAUGACCACCACCGACGACCUGGAUUUUAAGCACCACAACUAUAAGGAAAUGCGCCAGUUGAUGAAGGUUGUGAAUGAAAUGUGCCCCAAUAUCACCAGAAUUUACAACAUUGGCAAAAGCCACCAGGGCCUGAAGUUGUAUGCUGUAGAGAUCUCUGACCAUCCUGGGGUGCAUGAAGUUGGUGAGCCCGAGUUCCACUACAUCGCAGGGGCCCAUGGCAACGAAGUUCUAGGCCGUGAGCUGCUGCUGCUGCUGUUGCAGUUCCUCUGCCAGGAGUACUUGGCACAGAACACACGCAUUGUCCAUUUGGUGGAAGAGACACGGAUCCACAUUCUACCCUCCCUCAAUCCUGAUGGCUACGAGAAGGCCUAUGAAGGAGGCUCUGAGCUGGGAGGCUGGUCCCUGGGACGUUGGACCCAUGACGGGAUUGAUAUCAACAACAACUUUCCGGAUUUAAACACACUGCUCUGGGAGGCAGAGGACCGGAAGAAUGCCCCAAGGAAAGUUCCCAACCACUACAUUGCAGUCCCUGAGUGGUAUCUGUCUGAAAAUGCCACAGUGGCCAUGGAGACCAGAGCUGUCAUUGCCUGGAUGGAGAAGAUCCCCUUUGUGCUGGGAGGCAACCUACAGGGGGGUGAGCUAGUGGUGGCAUACCCCUAUGACAUGGUGCGGUCCCUGUGGAAGACGCAGGAGCACACCCCAACACCUGAUGAUCACGUGUUCCGCUGGCUGGCAUACUCCUAUGCCUCCACUCACCGCCUCAUGACAGAUGCCAGGAGGCGAGUGUGCCACACAGAAGACUUUCAGAAGGAAGAUGGCACUGUCAAUGGGGCUUCCUGGCACACGGUGGCUGGAAGUCUGAAUGAUUUCAGCUACCUCCACACAAACUGCUUUGAGUUGUCCAUCUAUGUGGGCUGUGAUAAAUACCCCCAUGAGAGUGAGCUGCCCGAGGAAUGGGAGAACAACCGGGAGUCUCUGAUUGUGUUCAUGGAACAGGUUCAUCGGGGCAUCAAAGGCAUAGUGAGAGAUUUACAUGGAAAAGGUAUCCCAAAUGCUGUCAUCUCUGUGGAAGGUGUUAACCAUGACAUCCGGACAGCCAGCGAUGGGGAUUACUGGCGCCUACUGAACCCUGGGGAAUAUGUGGUCACCGCAAAAGCAGAGGGCUUUGUCACUUCAACCAAGAACUGCAUGGUUGGCUACGACAUGGGAGCCACUCGGUGUGACUUCACACUCAGCAAGACAAACCUGGCUAGGAUAAGAGAAAUCAUGGAGACAUUUGGGAAGCAGCCUGUCAGCCUACCUGCCAGGCGCCUGAAACUGCGGGGACGAAAAAGGCGGCAGCGUGCUUGA